CUUACACCGUCAUCUAACCACACAGAAUAUUUAUUUCUACACGCAGUGCGUUCAAGGCAACAUUUGGUCCACUACUGUUGGGGAGCCCAACCUAGGUCGGUCGUUGCCAUCGGGUCGAAAGUGUCACACGAGCACUGCACGGCAUGUCAUGAUCACAUGACGAGGCCGUGGAUCGAGAUCAACGCCGGCCGCUGGACGCUGGAACGCGCUCAUCUGAGGUUCGUGGUCCGGACUCGAAAAGCGGAGCCUGGCGCCUCAAGCCAAAUCCGAGUCAUGGCAGCAACUCUCUUCGAACGAUUCUCUCCUUUCUUCUUUCACGCCAUGGCAGGUCACAGAGUUCACAGCGGGAUUGCCGAAUUCUCGAUGCCGAAACACCAUUCUUCACACUACUAGUACAAAAUAUAUACGUCGAGGGGGCAAGGUGGACACAAGUAACCAUGGGCGCGAUGGCAACGAGUGUCUUCUUGCGGUCUCUGCGAUUGUGUUUCUGUUAUUGUGAACCGAACCAAACCGGUGCAUGCAAGGACCCGCUGACCGUCGCGCUCGUGGCUGGCUGUGAACAACCUUAUAAGUCCCCAGUGACAUAUACAACAAGAACAGAGAUCGAAGAGAUGCAGGCUCCCGAGACCUUUGUGCGCCGUCAAACACGAGGCGGGUUUGCGACAGACCUACCCACCUGGUAGUGAUUGCGAACGAUUACACUCCAUGAUCGCCGAGCACCUCAUCUCAUGGCUUGAUACCUGCUCCGAAUCCUUCGCCUCAAGUUCCUCCCCUCCUCCGCUCUGACGCGCCUCAUGAUGCCUCUUCUCGGACUUGACAAUCUGACUCUUGACCGUCCUCGCCGAUUUCCUUGGGAUGAUAUACAUAUAUAUUGUGACGGUGCGGUGGUCAAGAGUUUGGAGAUGGCUGCUUCAGAACGAGAAGAGACGGAUGCAAGGCUGACCAUUUCUUAUGCACAUACGGACACCCACGCCAACACGUAUACUUGCAUCACUUCAGGCAAUGACGAUCCAACACCGUGCACUGUCCGAGGCGAAUUGAAGCGGAAGCGGAGCGAUAAGGUACGCCGCACUCCGUACAGCGAACUGUGGCCGGUCUGCAACACAAUCCUUUUUCUGUUCUUUCCACACAGAAUGCAGCAUCAGCCCGGUGCGCUGUGCGGAGCCGUCGUCACCGUCGCCAACGCCGAUGAGGACUUUUGAACAAAAUGGGAUUUCGAUAGUUUUCAAUCCGAGCCUUGUUCUUCUUCUCCUCCCUUCAUUACAAGAAUGCAAGAUGCGCCUUGGCGUGCGGGAUGUGCGUCGUGUUUUGACCAUGGUCAUACUUGUUUUCUUAUCAUCUCUGGCCUCUCUGGUGCACCAUGCUUCGACUCCCUCCUUGUCGAUAUCAGACCAAAUGGACGAGGCGACUCCAUCGCAUCGAUAUAUGCUACCAAUAUAUAUCUCUAUAUCUCUCUACAUAUCUACCGAUAUAGGAGAUGAUGGCAACGGAACCAUAACGAAAUAUUUCCCGACCAGGUUGAGGAACCACACAUGGACAUGACGCAAAAAUGAAGAAAUGAAAUCGAAAACAAGCCCUUCCGUUACGGUUGCGGUGUUUGCCUUUGGUGUCCAAUCCAUAAGAAGCGAUGGCCAGAAAUUGAGUUACUCAGUCCGGAACCGGCGGUCAGACAUGAGCGUGAUCUAGCAUUGCAGCUGGGGAGCGAUCGAGAGCGGAAACCGCGAGAGUAUCAGCAAAGUGUGGCCGAACAUUACGGUAUUGAGAACUACCAAGGAUGAGGUGUGAUGAAGUGAGACGGAACGAGGCCAGCAAAAAACAAUUAUACCAUCCACUGCAAGACCCAAUGAUGACCAAGAGUCCGAAAAGCCAAAGUCGAGACAGCCGAUCGUGUACAGGAGGGGUUUCAAGAGCUCUCCUUUCAGCGCGUUCUGGCAGUCGGUGUGAAACUAGAGUACUUGACGCUGAGGGUCGAAAAAAUAUAUGAAAUAGGAAAAAGAAACUCCCCAAGGUACCUAGGUAGUUCCUGGUGUCCCAAUACAGGGCUAAAUGCAAUGACCGCAGUACUUUCUAUGGUACUCGUGAACCUCUUGAGUUCGAUCAUUACACUCACUACCUACAGAAAGAGGACGACGAAACGGACCGCUGCGUUCCAGGACCCUCAAAAAUGGGCUGUCAAUGAACCAGUCUUGGAUUUUUUUUUGAUUUUGUUUACCUGACCUCGACCGAUCCCUUUUUUCCAAAGUCCAUCUCUAGACUCCAUCGCUAGUGAAGCGUGUGUCUCAUCGCAUCUAUUUCUUGCCAAUGUACAUGUUACAACAUUAUAUCACAUAUCACGUUAAUAUCAAAACCAAAAAGCAUUUGACUCUUUUUU